UUCGAAGUCCAUAUUGUUUGAUAUGAAUAUGCUAAAGAGGCCCUGAUAAACAUGCAUGUUCUCCUGUUUGUCCGCAGGGGCUUCUGUUUCUUCAACUCUGUCGCCAUCGCUGCCAAGCAACUGCAGCAAAAACUCAGUGUGGGCAAGAUCCUCAUCGUGGACUGGGAUGUCCACCACGGGAAUGGCACCCAGGAAGCCUUCUACAACGACCCGAGUGUCCUGUACAUCUCCAUACAUCGCUACGAUAACGGCAACUUCUUCCCCGGAGGUGGACAUCCAAAUGAGGUUGGUGCGGGGGCAGGCGAGGGUUUCAAUGUGAACGUUGGCUGGACCAGCAGUCUGAGUCCUUCCAUGGGCGAUGCUGAGUACUUGGCAGCAUUUAGAGCCGUGGUGAUGCCCAUCGCCCACGAGUUCUCCCCCGACGUGGUGCUGGUGUCAGCGGGCUUCGAUGCGGUGGAAGGUCACUCGCCGUCCCUGGGGGGCUACACGGUCACAGCAAAGUGUUUCGGCUUCCUGACCCGACAGCUGAUGUCCCUGGCCGGGGGUCGGCUGGUUCUGGCUCUGGAGGGAGGACACGACCUGAAGGCCAUCUGUGACGCCUCUGAAGCCUGCGUCAGCGCCUUGUUGGGACUGGAGGUGGAGCCUCUGGCCCAGUCCGUGUUGGACAAGAAGCCCAGUGACAACGCCGUGCAGUCCCUGCUGAGCGUCAUCCAGGUUCAAGGUGAGUACUGGCAGAGUGUGAAGGACUCUGCAUCCACAGUGCAGCUGUCCUACCUGCAGGCUCAGAGGUCGUGGCUGAGGCGAGACUCGGACAGCGAAGCGGUGGACGCCAUGGCAACCUUGUCCAUGGCCUCUAACCUUCAGGCUCCAUGUCGCUCAGGAUCCACCUUCAGCAUCUCUUCCCGCUCAUGACCGAGGACCUCCUUCCUGUUCCAAGUCAUUCCAGGUCUAAAUGUUCCUCACACCACCUGCUGUAGUCUUGCAGGCCGGGUCAAAGAUUGUCCCUGAUGAUGUCACUGCCACCAAGCACAAUCUACCUUUUGCACCCAACACCUUUUUUCUUCUGGUGGACGUCCAGCAUCAGAUCAACGUCUGCUCUGACACAGGAAGCACCAAGAUGGAGGAUUGGUGUCCAUGUUCCUUGGAUUUGAGGACAAGCAUUCCUUUUGUACUUCUUCUUAAAGGGGAACUGCACUCUUUGAACUUUGUACACAUUCAUCAAGUAAGACAAGAACACACCUUAAUGCUCUCCAACAUGCUAAGUCUGCUUACAAUUCUGCCUAUAAACCCUUAAAAAUACAUGAUGUAAAUAUA